AUGGACGACCAUCUGAUCAACCUGAGCGAUCUUCCUCCUGAGCUUAUUCUCCACAUUGGAAGCUAUCUCUGGUUGAAAGAUCUCAGUUCCCUAGUUCAAACAGCCAAGUAUUUCAACGCUCUUUUCACCUCUCGACUUUACGCUCUCGGCGCCAAACAUGUGGGACCGAGCACAUCCCCGCUGAUAUUGGCGGUGCAGAAUGGCCCGAUUACGGCCGUCGACAAGCUGCUGGAAAAAGGUGCAGAUCCCUCGAGGUAUUCCGGCGAUAUCAAUGCCUUCAUAGCAGCGGUGAAGGACUACAAGCCUAGAGCUUUGAAGAGGCUUCUUGCACCCGGCGUUAGUCCAUCUAUGCCGGUUACCGAGUUCAAGUCACUGCUGCAAAUGGCGGUUAUUCCCUACCGUCUGACCUUGCUGAAUUAUCUCUUGGAUGCCGCACCAGGAUACUACCCCGAUGAUGAUGGCGCAUGGAUCGAGGCCCUACAGUAUGCAAUACUUGAAUGUCGCUACCGCGCGGCCCACGUCUUACUGGAAGCUGCAAGGAGAAAUAUUUCGUCUCCCGCUCAGAAAAUAGACACAGAUACGAUCUACACCGCUGUGUACAGAGGAGACUGCGAUGCUAUACGGCUGCUCCUGGCCUUUGGUUGGGAUCCAAAUGCUUCCAUUGGUGUUACCACCCCCCUGCAUAUUGCCGCAGAAGCGGGGCGCGUAGAUCUUGUUAAACUUCUGCUGCGAUCUGGCGCCGAGGCCAAUGCCAGAGACAGGCAAAGCUCACCACCGCUUCUUGGGGCCACGGCAGGUCGACAUGCUAAAGUCGUUCAGCUUCUUCUCAAAGCCGGUGCUGAUGUCAACGCCGCCAAUUCAUUCGGCCAUACACCGCUGCAUGAGUGCGCGCGUCGGGAUUCUCUGCGGAUUCUCGACCUUUUACUCGAUGCUGGAGCCAGAGCCGAUAUCACAGAUCACACUGGAGUCGCACCCUUGCAUACGGCCAUCAGUCAUGGCGUGCCAGUAGAAAUGAUCGAGCGCCUUCUUGACGCCGGCGCCCGUGUCAACGGCCUCGACCCGCAUUUGCGAACUCCUCUUUUCCUGGCGGCCCAAAAAGGAGAUGCUCAUACUUUGAACGCUCUACUAUCUGCUGGGGCUGACAUCAAGCUAGAUGUGGAGCAGGGUUCUAUGAGCCCCCUGCACACGGCAGCUGUUGCAGGUCGGGCCGAAGUGAUCCAGCCGUUAGUCGGAGCUGGGAUGGAUAUCGAGGCAGUGGAUUAG